GUGUGUGGUUCUGUUAUUUUGGGAGUCUCUAUAUGGAUACGUGUUAGCAAAGAUGCUCAGGAGGAGCUGGAGAUAGACAGCAGCCUGUUUGUGGGGGUUGAUCUGCUGAUAGCCGUGGGCUCCAUCAUUAUGGUCCUUGGGUUUCUGGGGUGCUGUGGUGCCAUAAAGGAGAGCCGGUGCAUGCUGCUGUUGUUUUUUAUUGGACUGCUUCUGAUCCUGAUCCUUCAGAUCACAGGAGGUGUUUUAGGAGCAGUGUACAGAUCUCAGAUUGAAACUUCUCUUAAUAAGACGCUCCAGGAGAGUGUGAAUUCAUUGCAAAGCUCUUCAGAAGAAUCUAAAGUGUUUCAGGAGAAGUUCCAGAAGUUUCAGAGAAAGGAGCAGUGCUGUGGUUUGCUGAAUGGACCUGCAGACUGGGGAAAAAAUUUUAAUACUCCUCUUGGUAACAGUAAGAUCUGUGAGUGUGAAAGAAAGGACUCACCAAGAGACCUCUGCGUCUUCGUGCAGGGCAGAUAUAUUUAUAAAAAGCCCUGUGGUGAUGUGAUUAUCAAAUACCUUGAAGACCAUCUGCUUAUAAUUAUGGGGAUUGCCUUUGGACUGGCUGUUGUUGAGAUUCUCGGUUUGGGGUUUUCUAUGAGCCUCUACUGCCAGAUCCAGAGAAAAUGA